AUGGCCUGGUAUCUUUCUCGACGACAUCAUGUGCGCCUACUAUUAUUGAUUGCAUUGCUGCUCUGCACCUUUCUAGUUUUGAUAGGUGCUAAAUAUUCAGACAUGAUUGAGUGGUGGUCUUCCCCGCUGUCGCUGGAGCUUCCAGCACCAGAUUCCCACAAAGUCAAGCAGGCAAUUGUACUGGGCAAGACGAAACAUGAGAAAGUCAAUUGGACAUGUAAGAUGCUACCGGAGUGGGUUCCCUUUGUCUACUCGGUUGAAAACGACCCGGCUUUCAAGUUGCACGUCCCCCGCAACCGCGGCCGUGAAGCCAUGCCUUACCUAACCUUCAUAAUUGACCAUUAUGACACACUGCCCGAAAUCACCGCCUUCGUUCACGGCACAGACCGCCAAUGGCACAAUGAUGACAUAAGUCCCUACACAAGCCGUAUCCUCAAGCGUCUGCGUCUCGAAACCGUCCGGACACAGGGCUACGUUAACCUGCGCUGCAGGACCGACCCAGGCUGCAACCCGACGGCCAUCAACCCACACAACCCGACCGACAUCGAUAUACUAAAUAAUGACGUGCGAGUCAAGUUUCUUGGUAUUUAUAUGCACCUGUUUGGGAUGGAGAAUGCGACGGAGGUACCGCAUGAGCUUGGCGGAGUGUGCUGUGCGCAGUUUGUGGUGACGCGGGAGAGGAUUUUGCAGAGGCCGUUGGAGGAUUAUGUGAGGAUGCGGCAGUGGAUUCUGGAGGAGAAGUCGCUGAAUGAAUUUGAAAUGGGGUGGGUGUUUGAAAAGAUUUGGCAUGUGAUUUUUGGGCAGGAAGAGGUUUUUGCCUGUGCGACCUCUAUGGCAAAUGCUGAGCACCCUCGUUUCGAACCAAUUCUUGGGGGAUAUGAACUGAACUAUCUUGCCGUUUUCGAACUGAAAGCACCUUAA